CCUUGCUUUGGAAGAUCUUAAACAAUUACUGAAGGAUCAGGGAUCUGAUCUGUUUAUUGCUUUCGGAAGUGCAGAAGAUGUCAUACUGAAACUUGUGAAUGAGGUUGCUACACAAGGCUUAUUGUGAUUUUAUGUCUGAAAAUGUGAAGGCUAGCUACAUAUUUGCAGAAGAGGAGGUAGAAUAUAAUCUUCAUAGUGUGAUGUCUCUUGUUCAAUCAUCUGUGUCUUCUGAACCAUUUGUAUGGGGAAACCCUGAGUUUGUCUUUUGGAGAACUCCAUUUUAUAAUGUUGGGAACCUGGAGGAACUACCUGCAUCAUAUCAUGACUUUCUGAAGUUGCAGUUAUCUCAAACCAUUCCAGUUGCAGCCCCAACCUUACCUAUAUUGGACAUGGAAGUGGACAGAGGUGCUCUUCCCAUAUUUGAUGAUGUAAAAAAGUACUUGCAAGGGAAACCUUGCCAAUCAGAUAAGUGCUGGAUUUCUCUUAAGAAAGUAUCAGCUGAAAGCAUUUUAAGGAAGGAGUGCAUCAGUCAAGCUGUGAUGAAAUCUGAUCCUAGUGAAAGCCUUAAAAGUAACGAAGGGAAGAAUAUAAUCUCAUCAACAUUAAACAAUGUCAAAAGCACAAAAAUUGCAAAAUCUGUGUUUGCAUCAGUAGAAGGAACUCAAGUAAGAGGUGGAACGAACAAUGUCUUGAAUGCCUUAGCUGCUUACUUGAGAUACCUGGAGGGCACUGCACGGGAUGAUUGGCAAGAGUUACAUGAGAAGUUACGGAAGGCUGAAUGUAGAAAAGGAGCUUCAUUUGGUGCUCUGUUUGGUUCUGCCCUUUAUCUUGGAACUAUAUCCAGGAGGAGAGUUUACUAUGAAGCUAUAAAAUAUGAGAGAGAACGCAAUGCAGGCUAUGUAUCACCAUUUGGAUACUCAGCACCUACUGUUGCAGCUGCAAUUGAUGCUGUUUGUUCGAUGGAGUGGUAUUGGCUCUUGGCUUUGAAAUGCCAAAAAUGCAAUGAAGGGAUAUAUCCUAUACGCAUUUGGAGUUGGAAAAGCUAUUUAAUUCAGUAUACAGUUGUCGGGCAUGAAGGUCCUGCAGUUCUUUUUGUUCAUGGUUUUGGGGCUUUUCUGGAACAUUUCCGUGACAAUCUAUCCAGCAUUGCUGAUGGUGGACAUCGGGUUUGGGCAAUCACACUUCUAGGUUUUGGGAAGUCAGAAAAACCAAAUGUCAUAUACACCAAACUUGUGUGGGCAGAGUUAUUGAGAGAUUUUAUCAUUGAUGUUGUGGGUGAACCAGUCCACCUUGUUGGCAACUCAAUUGGUGGCUAUUUUGUAUCUAUUGUGGCUGGUUUAUGGCCGGCUCUUGCAAAGUCUUUGGUUCUUUUGAACACUGCUGGUUCAAUUGUUCCAAGCUAUUCCUCUAUUCCAUUAGUAGAAGAAGGACAAACAUCAGGGCUUGCAUGGUUGCAGGCACGCCUCCUUUUGCUGUACCUUAGGUCAAGAGCUGGAAACAUUCUUAAGAAGUGUUAUCCAACUAAUACAGAGAGGGCUGAUGACUGGCUCAUUGGUGAAAUGCUUAGAGCUUCAUACGAUCCUGGUGUACCUAUAGUGCUGGAGAGCAUAUUAAACAUUAAUCUGUCAAUUCCUCUAAAUUAUUUAUUUGACUCCUUUGGUGGAAAAAUCUUAAUUAUACAAGGAAUGCGAGAUCCACUCUCCAAAUCCAAGUUAUUCUUGUCCAUGCUCAGAGAGCAUUGCAUCAGGGUCACAAUCAGUGAACUGGAUGCAGGUCAUUGCCCGCAUGAUGAGCUGCCAGCGGAAGUUAAUUCAAUCCUAAGUGAAUGGAUGAGUACAGCUGAAAGUUUCACAAAUACAGUUGAAGGAGCUAAAUCAUUUUAAUGUAGCUUGAGCUUUUAUUAGACAUUGCCUGACAUAUUUCAUUUCCUGAAAAGGUGAUUGGCCACUGAUAGGUAUUUCAUAAGGUGUUCACUACAUGACACAACAUUAAUAAUUAAUGAAAAAAUUCAGUUGCCGAAAA